AUGGAUUCUGGGUCAAACCUCGAUAUAUAUAUAACCACCCGAUCUCGGCUCGCCUGCAGUGCGUAUGUUCUUAAUGCUUUAUUUGGAGACGCUGCAACUGCCGAAUUCCCUACUCGGACCGGACCGUCCCGGCCGACAAGGACGGCGAAGGAUGUUGGAGGAUUGUCAGCUCUCGCCUCUGAAAAGGUGCCCGAUGCCAGUGGAAAUAGGAGCUGGACAUCGAUUCGGGGGCCCGGUCGAGAACGACGCGAUGGGAUUAUCUUCAUGGGCAUGUAUAUCUACUACUUUGUACCCCUCUUUAUGAUUGAUGAUGCUUUACUUACAACUGCUACAUCUCGUAAUGCCCGUAAUGAACGGUCCCGCUACAUCCGCGCCCGGGAAUUAGUAUGGGUAUCUUAG